AUGGAGAAGGGUAUUGACCUAUUUGCAUGUAGUUUUGCGGUUGGCUUAGGCUCGGUACGGCCACAUAAUCCCGACAACUAUGAUUCCGAUUCUGAUUCUGAUUCUGUUCUCAACAAUGAAGAAGUAGCAUAUCUUUCCGAUGAUGGUUCUGUUCUUGACAAUGAAGAAGUAGUGUAUCUUUCCGACGAUGGUUCUGUUCUUGACAAUGAAGAAGUAACAUAUCUUUCCAAUGAUGAUUCUAUUCUCAGUCAUGAAGAAGUAGCAUCCAAUGAUGAUUCUGUUAUCCACAAUGAAGAAGUAAUAAAUCUUUUGGACAAUAAUUCUGUUCUCGACAAUGAAGAAGUAACAUAUCUUUCCGACAAUGAUUCUGUUCUCGCCGAUGAAUUAGCAAAUUUUUCCGACGACGGUGGUGGUUCUGUUCUUGACUAUGAAGAAGUAACAUAUCUUUCUUACGAUGCGGAAGCAUAUCCUACCGAAAUUAUCUUAGUAUCCGGCGAGAAUUCCGGAGCAGAGGCAACGAGGGGCGUAGAUCAGAACAGGGAGGCGAUCAAGUCGUUGGAGAGGAAGAUAAUAGAGUACGAUGAGAGGGAUUGUGGCGGAGGAGACGGUGAUUGUUGCGUUAUUUGCUUGGAGGAGUUAACGGCGGGGACAGUGGUGGCUGUGAUGCCUUGUAACCAUUGUUCCUUUCACGACGGCUGCCUCUCAACUUGGCUGGAAAGAAGCCUUUGCUGUCCUCUCUGUCGCCGCAAGAUUCCCGGCUCGCCGCCGCCGGAGCCUUUCCAAGAGCAUGAUCAAUACAUAUCCUGA